AUGCGCCGUGCCCGUGCUCCAGCCCGCCUGCUGCUGGUGCCGGUGCUGUGGGCCCAGCUGCUGUGCGGCUCGGUGUGGGGUUCCGAGCUCACCUUCGAGCUCCCCGACAACGCCAAGCAGUGUUUCUACGAGGACAUAAUCGUUGGCACCAAGUGCACCCUCGAGUUUCAGGUGGUCACUGGAGGACACUAUGAUGUUGACUGUCGACUGGAGGAUCCAGAUGGAACGGUCCUCUACAAAGAGAUGAAGAAGCAAUACGACAGCUUUACGUUCACUGCCGCAAAGAACGGGACCUACAAAUUCUGCUUCAGCAAUGAGUUCUCCACCUUCACGCACAAGACCGUCUACUUUGACUUCCAAGUUGGAGAUGACCCCCCUCUUUUUCCUAAUGAGAACAGAGUCACAGCUUUAACUCAGAUGGAGUCUGCCUGUGUCUCCAUUCAUGAGGCCCUAAAGUCUGUCAUCGACUACCAGACACACUUCCGCCUGCGCGAGGCACAGGGCCGCAGUCGUGCCGAGGACCUCAACACUCGCGUGGCCUUCUGGUCCAUUGGGGAGGCAUUCAUCCUCCUGGUGGUGAGCAUCAGCCAGGUGGUCCUUCUCCGGAGCUUCUUCUCGGAUAAGAAGACGACCACAACCAGAGUCGGCUCUUAAUGCCCCCACACCCCUCCCUUUGCAUUGGCGCUCAGUCUUGUACGUGAAAGUCCCUGUUGGCAGGCUGCAGUCAAAACAACUUAUGGUAUAAUUUCAGUUUUAUACAAAAAAUUCCACUUGCAGAAUUUUUUUUAGUCGCACUGUAGAUUUUAUUUUGAAACCCAACGGAUUGUUCUGAAGUUAUGAGAUCUUUUUGCUGUAAUAGUAACAAUUUAAUUUAUUGUGUUGGGUGUAUUUUUAACACACCUUCGUUUAUCAGAAUGUAAAUCAAUACUGGUUUGGUUGAGCAUGUCUCCAGUGCAGGAAACUUGUUUGGCCUUUCCAAGGUGUAGAAAUUCCUUCCUCCCUGUGUGACUGGAAUGCCAAGCACCAGGUCAGCCACCCUGAUGAGGGGAUGGACCAGUCUCCCCUGCAGGAGAUUGAGAGCAUUUUACCUGUCUAUAGUGACUGCGUCCCUCCCAGUACUUGUGUUCAGUCUGAGAUGCCCGUAAAGAAUGCAGACUCGUUCUUUCAGUGUACCUGGUAUCACAAACGGGACUCUGCCGUUUCCCUCUGUUGUGGAUGGUACAUACCUUUGUGACAUCACAGCUUGCACAAGGUGUGGGGGUUUCUUUUCUAUGUACCAAGUCUGCCGGUUCUUCUUCACCCGUGGAAGCUGUGGGGUACCCUUUGAAUGCUAAUUUCAAAAGUACAUCUGAACCUGGUACCCCUUUAUUUUAUUUGGAGUUUUAACAAAAAAAGAAAGGUCUUUUUUUGGGUGUGCAUGUGUGUGGGUGAGUGCACUGUAUGUUUGUAUGUGUGGACAUGUAAAUGUCAGUCUGUUCAUAGUACAGUCACCCAGACUCAUUGGCACUCCGCACUGGGAAUUGUUUACUGAUUUAUGUUGUUAAAUAAAACAUCUUGUGUCUGAAACCCCA